UUAUGAUGAAGUAGUAUGUCCCAAAUGUACUCAUACUGCAUGCAACAGUACGUACUUUGUAAGGGCAGCUAAAAGGAAGAAGUAUGUGAUCUGGAACGUAGCCUGAGCUCCACAUUUCAGCUCUUUAUUUGUGAAUUAGAAGUCCUUCCUGACUCUGAUCAGCAGCUGAUUGUCUCUCAGUGAUUGCAGACCGCUGGCAGCUGCGUUCACUCAGUCAGCACACAGCGUGACAGAAACAUCCAAACUGUGGCUGAAUGUAUUUCAUGAAUAUUACCGGCAACAAAUGGAUGGAGCAACACCCCACUGUUGAAGCCUAAAUGAAAUCAAAUGGACUACUACUUAAAUGUUGGACCGUUGUGAUUCAGUUUUAAAGGAUUUAUUACGUUGUUGGACUUCCAGACGGCUUUGAAGCGCCUUUAACUGUUAUGACAUCACAUUAAAACGGAGCGCUGACACCAGAAAGACAAAGUGCUGCUGGAGAGACGACCUUCACAUCGUACGACAGUAAAGGAGAACAGCAGCUGUGUUCUCCUCCAGAGGAAAUGGCAUCCACAUUAAAAAAUGCCUUUGCAUCUUUACGUGCCAUGCGUGUGUAUUCCAUCCACACCCUGACUCUCUGCUAAACAGAGGCGAGGAAGGACUGAGAGAUGUUGGACGCGUUAUUAUCGCAUCCGACGGGACUCUGAAGGAAAACUGGGGAAAAACCAGGAGAGCUGACAUAUUGAUUUCUAAGCUACCAGCAGCCCGUCUCCUGUCUCCUGUCCUCGUCCUCGUCCUGAUGGAUCCCGGCGGUAGUGAGCUGGACUCCAGCCUGCCUCAGCCAGACAACCCGUGUCUGAUCGUGGAGGACUCUCAGCCGGACAGCGUCGCUCUGGAGGACGACCCGGAGAGCAGCUACCGAGCUCUGCUGGCCAGGAGGCUCUCCAGCCUGCAGCCAGCCGCCCGCAGCCCGGUGCUGGAGCUGAUAUCGUCCCCGCUAGGAAGCAGAUACUCUCAGACUGACAGCCAAUCAGAGAGCUCCCAGAGUAACAACCAAGCUGAACCCGGUAUUCUCAUGGCGGCCAACCCCAGCUCUGCGUUCCAGGAGGAAAGUCAAGUUCUCAACAUUUCCUCUCCUCCGAACAAGAAGAAGUGUGCAGCAGCAGAGGACACUGAUAUGGAUGCUGGAGCUGAUUCAACCACACACUGCAUUCAGUCUGAGGAAGGAGCCUCUCAGUUUGGGUUUCUGGAGCUUUCUCAGAGUCAGGAUCUGCGCGGUGAAGCGGUGAACAGUCAGGAGGAAGAAGACGACGUCGUACCUCAGCCAGACAGCGAGAGACGCUCCAAAUUAGCAGAGCAGAACAUGAGCUGCAGGACUUCACAGAGUCAGGACAACAAAGCAGUGAGAUCUGAGGUGAGCUCCAGCAGCUCUCUGGAGUCUUCGGGUCAGACGGGGAGGCAGCUGGGCAUCCAGGCUCUGCUGCACUCAGAGGGCCUCCAGGCCUCUGAUGAGCAGGACUGUGAGAUCCUGUCCUCACAGGAGGACAUGUUCGAUGCUGACAAGACAGGCGCUGCAGUGGACAGCACCGUGUCUGAGCCGGAGCAGCAGGGUCACCCCACCCCGACACCGGCCCAAAGCCUGCGACUACUGCAUCUGUCUGGACAGGGAACGCUGGUGCAGGAAAGUCUGUCCCAGAGCUCUGUUGACUACGUUGCCCCGACCCCAGACUUCACCCACACUCCUCUAAUAGUUCCCAGCUCACCGACCGGACCAGAGAAUGAACACGGUGCUGAUGAACCGAUGGAUACUUCGCUGCCUCCAGAAGAGCGAGCGGGAGAAAAGGAGGAGGAGCCGAUGGAAACGGAGGCGGCCUCUAAGCCACGCCCAUCUGCCUCCACUCCCGUCUCCCAGAAUUCCCCUGGUUUUGUGUUGGAGCGAACGCUCUCUUUACCCUCCCAGCCAGAGUUCUCUCAUGAUGUGUUUGUCCCGACGCAGAGCCAGGACGCCCCGCAGCAGUCAGAUAAGAAGACAGCGGUAUCGUUGCCUCGUGAGACGCCGUCUCAACGCCCGGAGUCAGCUCCUUUCACUUUGCCUUUGCAGCUCUCUGUGAACACGCAGAGCUGCAGCUCAGCUCAGCACGUCGAGGAGGACAGCCAGGCCACGCAGAUCGAGGACCUGGAAGAGCCGACCGGCGUCGACACCAGCGACUCUGUGGUGUCGCACCAGAAGAGCGAGAGCAAUGGCGUCCCCUCAGAGUCACAAACCGCCUCCAGUUCUAAAGCUUCCACCUCUACUGAACCAACAAAACAUCGCAGCGAAUGUGAAAAGAAGGAGCCGUCUGGUCUGUCGCAAAAGUCUGAAGUGCACAAAAAGACUUCUUUGAAUGUACAACAUGUGAAUGUAAAGAGUGGCGGCAAAGAGGCGAGCUCUGCUGACGGGGUGUCCUGCUCGCAACCAAAGUUUGAGCCCUCUGAUGUGACUGUUAACAGCUGUGUGCAGGACACUCCCCCCGCGGACACAACGCCCUGCAGCGUGCCCUCGCAGUCGAUGAUCUCUCAGACGUCUGCUGUGGAUGUGAUGAAGAAGUCUAUGGACGUGAGGAAGGAAGGAGGAAGUGCGAAGAGUCCGUCCGUUAAAUCAUCAUCACAGCAGCGUGGAACGGUUGGUAACAGUCAGACGGUCAGAGACGUGACGGAUCAGCGUCAGCAGGGUGACGUAGAAGAAGAGGAGGAGGUGAUGGAGGAGGAAGGGGAGAGCACAGCGGGAGGCGGGGCCUCAGGAAUGGCUCUGGUCCUCUCUCAGAGCCAGCUGGUGUCUCCGGAGCCCAUGGAGGAGGAGGAGGAGGACAGUGAGGACCGAGGAGACGACAGUGUCAUCGUUGUGUCAGACAGCGAGAGAGACUCCCAGGUUCCUCAGAAAGACGUGACGCCGCAGUCAAAGGUCAAAAGCUCCCAGCCAAUCAGAGGCAAAGUGUCCGUCUCCACUAACGGCCACGGGUCCCAGGCUCAGGCGAAGAAGGUGCACGCGGCUCCUGAUAGGCUCUCCCAGACCGAGAGGGCGGGGCCUGAACCAGAGGGGCUCAAAGACAAGAGUCUGAGCGACAGCUCGGGAGAGAUUUCCUUCCACUUCACACUUCCUAAAGAAGGGGAGCUGAUUGGUCCUGUUGUCGGAGCCACGCCCCCUCUGAUCAGCCAGCUGAAGCAGACGCUGAGACACAGCACUCCCAUCGAGAUCACUUCCUUUUCUGAGAAGUCGGGCGUGGCGGGUGAUGUGUCUGCAGACGGGGCGAUGGCAGCCAGUGACAUCGUAGCGGGGGAAAGCGGGGACGACACUACGGAAAAGGGAGACGGGAAGCUGAGUUUGAGGAUGAAGCUGGUGACGCCUGUUGAGGAGGGCAGCUCGGAGCGCUUCAGCCUGCAGAAGCCAGCGCUAUCAGAAGAGGAUGGAUCUGUUGUCAAGGUUACCACUGUUGCCAAGGCCGUAACCAGCAGCCCGUCAGUGUUCAGUCGAGUCAGACAGGUGCACAGACAGCAGGACUCAAAGGAGGACAGCCAGACUGGAGGCAACACCACACCUGUCAGAGCGGAGCUGUUCGCCUCGCCACAGAGGAGCUCACCGGCGUCCUCGCUGGGAUGCAACAGCCUCCCCAACAGCCAAUCAGAGCCGUCACAGCAGGAAGUGUUGUUGGCAGCGCCGCAGGAGACCUCGAAGGAUCCUCCCGGCCCUGCAGGGCAGUCUGAGGAUCGGCGAGGACCGCCUCAAGCUCCAGAACCGCCGACCCCGAACAGGACCGACGUCAGACAGAGAGCUCCCCAGCAGACCGCCAGUCCGUCCAAUAAGCUCCGCCAGCGGACCGUCUCCCAGCAGACCAGCUUCGAUGCUCCGGGGCUGCGCUCCCCAGCUGGCCGGGGUGAACCAGAGUCUCCGUCCUUCAGAAGAACCACCGCCCCCGCCCACCGCAGACACGUGCGCACCAUCCAGGAAGUGCGGACCACCGUCACACGAAUCAUCACAGACGUGUAUUACGAGGACGGCAAAGAGGUGGAACGCAAAGUCACAGAGGAGAGCGAGGAGCCAGUGGUGGACUGCCAGGUGUUGGACGGCGACAUCUCUCCGUGCCGUACAGGCAGCAGCUCCGUGACCUCCGGUGACCUCGCUGACAUCAGCUCUCUGUCGUCCAAGGCCUCCAGCAUGCAGCACAGCUCCGGAGGAACCAGCAGCAGCGGCUUCACCCGGCCGGACUUCAUCAUGCCGCCCGGCCGAGGGACCGUGUCCUUCAGUCCCAGGAGGGGAGGCGGGCACCAACAGAGGGGUCACAGGGGUCACAGGGCGGGGUCAGUGGUCACAAUGAACAGAAGCUACAGCACCCUGGGGUCCCGGGCCUUCGUCCCGCUGACCCCCAGAGGAAGGGCUAGGAGGGGACGACCCCCGUCCCGCUCCUCAAUGUCCAGGGGAGGGGGUCCCGGCUCACUGCGGAGGCUCGGUCCUCAUGGCCAGCCGCAUUCCUCCUCAGAGGAGGAGCCCUACACCCGCAUGCUCCCCCCACGCCUCCCCGUCAGCCCCACAGACGCCGAGCUUCCCAGCCGCUCCGACUCCCUCCGGUCGUCGCCGGAGGAGGCCAACUCGGCCGGGAGCAGCUUCGUCGGCCUGCGCGUGGUGGCCAAGUGGUCGUCCAACGGCUACUUCUACUCGGGCCGGAUCAUCAAAGACGCCGGCGAGGGGAGGUUCCGCCUGCGGUUCGACGACGGCUACGAGUGUGAGGUGUCGGGGAAGGACAUCCUGCUGUGUGAUCCCAUCCCCUUGGAGACGGAGGUCACCGCUCUACUGGAGGACGAGUACUUCAGCAUAGGUGUCGUGAGGGGUCAUAAAACCGAGGGUCAGGAUCUGUUCUACAGCGUGGAGAGGGACGGACAGAUGCAGUGGUACAACAGGAACGCCGUCAUCCUCUCUCUGGAGCAGGGCAACAAGCUGAGGGAGCAGCACAGCCUCGGGCCGUACGAACCCUCCGCUCCGCUGGCCAAGGCCUCCGACAUCAGCCUCGAUAACCUGGUGGAGGGGAAGAGGAGGCGCAGAGGAGCCCCCGAGGGCCAGAACACUCCCAACCGCUCCUCGUCCUCCGGCAGCCCCCGGACACCCGGCCCCUCCGGCAAGAGGAAGCUGAUGACCUCCGAAGACGCCAGGUCGCCGGCCAAAAGAGGCCGCAGGGGCUCGGGCGCCAGAGCCGCUCAGCGGGUCGGUUUGUGUAACACCUCCGGCAGCGGCACCGAUCUCCCCGGUCAGUCCGGUGACGUGAUGGAGACUCACGGUCCGCUGCCCCAGAACACCACCCUCUUCAUGGGCUUCGCCUUCAUGCUCACCGCCUCGUCGGAGAUCGACCGGCUGACCAACAAGCACGCCAGCGAUGACGAGGACGAUUACGUGCAGACAGGUCCGUAUAACAAAGCGUACACAGAGUCCCAGCUGCAGGCAGGUGGAGGCUUCGUCCUGCCGGACUUCAAUGAAGAACAAUGUAAGGCAGCUUACCAGAGCCUGCUCAUUGCCGACCAGCACUGUCGUACAAGGAAGUACUUGCUGUGUUUGGCCAGCGGCGUGCCGUGUGUGUCGCACCUCUGGGUACGAGACUGCUGCAAAGAUAACAAGCUGCUCAACUACAGGAACUACCUGCUGCCUGCCGGCGUGGGGCCAGAUGAGGCCAUGGUGGAAUGGCAUCCACGCUGCAGCCCGUUCAAGGCUCUACGGGUCCUUCUGGUGUUUGAGAAGCCAGUGGAGUUUUGGGCACAGCUGAUCACCAUGGGUGGAGGGUCCUCUGUUCGACAGUUCCAGGCAGACAAAGACGGUUCAGACAUUCCUGCUGGCAAGUAUGAUGUUGUGGUGACAGACCGUGCCUGUCCGCCAUUGGUAGAGAAAAAUGUGACAUCACAGGAAGUCCCGUUGGUGUCUCCCGAGUGGCUCAUCCAGAGUGUCAUCCGUGGGGAGCGCCUGGGUUUCCAUAGCAAGCCUCAGUAUCGCCACGACUACUCCUCUUCCUCAUAAUCCGACUCCACACGUGCAAAAUGCCUUCGACCAUGUUAAAUGUUCAGCAUUAGUUCUGUUGCAUGCCUCUGCUGUAUAUAACUUUAUCCUGUCUGUUUUUAAUGGGAUAAUAAAUUGUGACCCUUGUUUCAUUUUAA